AUGUCAGCCCCAAAAGAACUUUCUAACGAGGAAAUUGCCUUAUAUGACAGACAGAUACGUUUGUGGGGGUUGGAAGCCCAGAGAAAGAUUAAGACGGCUCACAUUUUGCUCAUCAACUUGAGUGCCGUCGGCACGGAAAUCGCCAAAAAUCUUGUGCUUGGUGGUGUGGGUUCAUUAUCGAUAAUUGACAACCACGAUAUAACUGAGGCUGAUUUCAGUGGGCAAUAUUAUAUUUCAGAGGAUGAUUGUGGGAAGAAGCGGGUGGAAAGCGCGCAAGAAAGAAUCCAGGACCUCAAUCCAAGAGUUGAUCUAAAUGUGUUUACAGAUGAUAUCAACACAAAAGAACCUGAAUGGUUCAGCCAAUUCAAUUUGGUCAUCUCUACCGAAUUGGCUAAAGAAUCGAUUUUAAGAAUUAACAAUGUUACUAGACAGUUAAACAUCCCAUUUUAUGCCACAGGGCUCAAUGGGUUGUCAGGAUACGUAUUUCUCGAUUUGAUUGAACAUACAGCAACUUAUAAAAAAGAAAAAUCAAACAUUUCUACGAAAACUGGGAAGGUUUUCAGCUUCUCGGAAAUUGUAUCCGUGGAAAGCUUCACUGAAAAUAAUCAACCUUUUGAAAACGUUACCACCAAAGAUCAUUAUAAAAGCUUUAAACAAUUUUUGGAAAACUUCAACAAGCAAUCAGAAAAUAUAAAAGAAACAUAUACUACCAAAAGAAAAUUGAAAAGAAUAAGCCCGAUUUUACCAUUGACUUUAGCGUCCUUGGAUUUCAAUCAGGCCAACAAAUUGACAAUAGAUUCCUUGAAGUCAAAGGCAGUGAAAAUUUGUGAAAACUUGUCUAUUCCUCUGACCGUUCUUGAAAACAAAGAUCAACUCAUUGAGUCAUUUAUUGCUCAACAAAAUCACGAAUUUGCUCCUGUGUCGGCUAUUAUUGGAGGAGUAUUGGCCCAGGACGUUAUCAAUGUUUUGGGGAACAAAAAUAAGCCUAUCAAUAAUUUCAUAGUUUUAGAUGGUCUUUCGGGUGAAAUGCCGAUCUUCACAAUCUAA